AUGCUAGAUCCUGGGGAUGCAAAGAUGGUUAAGAGAUGUUCCCUGCCCGUAGGAGCUCACAAUCCCAUGGAGAAGGCAGGUCUGGUGGGCUGUACCUUCUUUCUAGCAGUGAAUGGUCUGUAUUCCUCUACUGAUGAUGUAAUCGAAUUAACUCCAUCAAAUUUCAACCAAGAAGUUAUUCAGAGUGAUAGUUUGUGGCUUGUAGAAUUCUAUGCUCCAUGGUGUGGUCACUGCCAAAGGUUAACACCAGAAUGGAAGAAAGCAGCAACUGCAUUAAAAGAUGUUGUAAAAGUCGGUGCAGUUGAUGCAGAUAAACAUCAAUCCCUAGGAGGUCAAUAUGGUGUUCAGGGAUUUCCUACCAUCAAGAUUUUUGGAUCUAACAAAAACAAACCUGAAGAUUAUCAGGGUGGCAGAACUGGUGAAGCCAUUGUAGAUGCUGCGCUCAAUGCUGUGCGCCAGCUCGUGAAGGAUCGCCUCGGGGGAAGGAGUGGGGGAUAUAGUUCUGGAAAACAAGGCAGAAGUGAUAGUUCAAGUAAGAAGGACGUGAUUGAGCUAACGGAUGACAACUUUGAUAAGAAUGUCCUUGACAGUGAAGACGUUUGGAUGGUUGAGUUUUAUGCUCCUUGGUGUGGACACUGUAAAAACUUAGAGCCAGAAUGGGCUGCUGCAGCUACAGAGGUAAAAGAGCAAACAAAAGGAAAAGUGAAACUGGCAGCUGUGGACGCCACAGUUAAUCAGGUUCUAGCCAGCCGAUAUGGGAUUAGGGGAUUUCCUACAAUCAAGAUAUUUCAGAAGGGCGAGUCUCCUGUCGAUUAUGAUGGUGGACGGACAAGAUCCGACAUAGUUUCCCGGGCCCUUGAUUUGUUUUCUGAUAACGCCCCACCUCCUGAGCUGCUUGAGAUAAUCAAUGAGGACAUUGUCAAGAGGACAUGUGAGGAGCAUCAGCUCUGUGUGGUGGCUGUGCUGCCCCACAUCCUUGAUACUGGAGCUGCAGGCAGAAAUUCUUAUUUGGAAGUUCUUCUGAAGCUGGCAGACAAAUACAAAAAGAAAAUGUGGGGGUGGCUAUGGACAGAAGCUGGAGCCCAGAAUGAACUUGAGAAUGCGUUGGGGAUCGGAGGGUUUGGAUACCCCGCCAUGGCUGCCAUCAAUGCCCGCAAGAUGAAGUUUGCUUUGCUAAAAGGCUCUUUCAGUGAGCAAGGCAUUAAUGAGUUUCUCAGGGAGCUCUCCUUUGGGCGUGGUUCUACAGCACCUGUAGGAGGCGGGACCUUCCCUACCAUCUACAUUAGAGAGCCCUGGGAUGGCAGGGAUGGGGAGCUUCCCAUGGAGGAUGACAUUGACCUCAGUGAUGUGGAGCUUGAUGACUUAGGGAAGGAUGAGUUAUGAGAGCCACAGCAGAGGCUUCAAGCCGUUUGCUUUUCUUGGGUGCAAGCGGAUUUCUUCAGCAGUGAAGGAACGUUCUUUACAAUCAGAUGAAUCUACCAGUGGCCUUUUUAACCAAGAAGUAGCACUUGAUUGGUCAUUUGAAAACACUGAAAACACUGCAACAGUGAACUAUUGCAUCUCAAGAAAACAUUGAAAAAUUCUAUGAAUUGUUGUAGCCAGUGAAUUGUAUUGUACUCUCACAUCAUAUUUUGAAGAAAACUGAGCUGUUGAAAUUCCCCUCCCUCUGACUGCUGCUUGAAUGCUUUUGGAGGCUGUUUCUUAUAUAUAGGUUUUUUAAUGUGAUUCCUUCAUUUGAAUACUAAUGGUUUUUCCAUUAAAGAAUAAAACAGUAUUUUGGAAAAUGGUGAUAAAUGUA